UCAGUCCGUUUCAUUGGACAUGGCGUACUCGAUGGGCAAGUCCUUGGUUACCAUGGAACGCAAUGCGUCUUUCAAUAUGGCGCCCUAGCAACCUGUGCGAGCAGCUCCAUCGGCGAUCUAUGAGACGGCUAUGGAUGGCACUGGGUCUCCGCUCUUACUCUGGGCCGCCUGUGCUCUGCUGGUGACAGCGAUAGGAGCCCAGAAUAUAGCGGGUGAGAGCCGGAGGGCGAUCUGACUAGCUUUACGGAAUGAGGCCUACUCUGCUCUCAGUAGGAUAACAUUAUUCUGAUUUAUUUCAUUAAUUGGGCUGUGUUUACUAGUUCUAGCAUUGGAAUAUUAUGUAUAUUAGAAAUAAAACAGCCUACUGAGAGUAUGAGACAGCUUACUGAGAGUAUGAGGCAGCUUACUGAGAGUAUGAGGCAGCCUACUGAGAGUAUGAGACAGUCUACUGAGAGUAUGAGACUGCCUACUGAGAGUAUGAGACAGCCUACUGAGAGUAUGAGACAGCCUACUGAGAGUAUGAGACAGCAGACUGAGAGUAUAAGUAUGAGACAGCCUACUGAUUGUAUGAGACAGCCUACUGAGAGUAUGAGACAGCCUACUGAGAGUAUGAGACAGCCUGCUGAGAGUAUGAGACAGCUUACUGAGAGUUUGAGACAGCUUACUGAGAGUUUGAGACAGCCUACUGAGAGUAUUAGACAGCCUACUGAUUGUAUGAGACUGCCUACUGAUUGUAUGAGACAGCCUACUGAUUGUAUGAGACUGCCUACUGAUUGUAUGAGACUGCCUACUGAGAGUAUGAGACUGCCUACUGAGAGUAUCAAACAGCAGACUGAGAGUAUAAGUAUGAGACAGCCUACUGAUAGUAUGAGACAGCCUACUGAGAGUAUGAGACAGCCUACUGAUUGUAUGAGACUGCCUACUGAUUGUAUGAGACAGCCUACUGAUUGUAUGAGACUGCCUACUGAUUGUAUGAGACUGCCUACUGAUUGUAUGAGACUGCCUACUGAGAGUAUGAGACUGCCUACUGAGAGUAUGAGACUUCCUACUGAGAGUAUCAAACAGCAGACUGAGAGUAUAAGUAUUAGACAGCCGACUGAUAGUAUGAGACAGCCUACUGAGAGUAUGAGACAGCCUACUGAUUGUAUGAGACAGCCUACUGAUUGUAUGAGACAGCGUACUGAGAGUAUGAGACAGCCUACUGAGAGUAUGAGACUGCCUACUGAGAGUAUCAAACAGCAGACUGAGAGUAUAAGUAUUAGACAGCCUACUGAUAGUAUGAGACAGCCUACGGAUUGUAUGAGACAGCCUACUGAGAGUAUGAGACAGCCUACGGAUUGUAUGAGACAGCCUACUGAGAGUAUGAGACAGCCUACUGAGAGUAUGAGACAGCCUACAGAUUGUAUGAGACAGCCUACGGAUUGUAUGAGACAGCCUACUGAGAGUAUGAGACAGCCUACUGAUAGUAUUAAACAGUCUACUGAUAGUAUGAGACAGCAUACUGAGAGUAUAAGUAUGAGACAGCGUACUGAGAGUAUACGUAUCAGACAGCGUACUGAGAGUAUCAGACAGCGUACUGAAAGUAUAAGUAUUAGACAGCGUACUGAGAGUAUAAGUAUUAGACAGCGUACUGAGAGUAUAAGUAUGAGACAGCGUACUGAGAGUAUCAGACAGCGUACUGAUAAUAUGAGACAGCAUACUGAGAGUAUAAGUAUUAGACAGCGUGCUGAGUGUAUCAGACAGCGUACUGAGAGUAUAAGUAUUAGACAGCAUACUGAGAGUAUAAGUAUUAGACAGCGUACUGAGAGUAUCAGACAGCGUACUGAGAGUAUGAGACAGCAUACUGAGAGUAUCAGACAGCGUACUGAUAAUGUUAGACAGCAUACUGAGAGUAAAAGUAUUAGACAGCGUACUGAUAAUAUUAGACAGCAUACAACCUAACUUAUCUGAAAAUAUAGCUUUACUUGGAGAAUUUGUCCCAUUUGGCUCUUCUGAUGUGAAAUGCACAAUUCAUUGCAGGGUGUAUUUACUAAACUCUGUAUUCUGGCAAAUUAAUACCUGAAUAGAAACAUUCAUGCCAAAUUAGACUCGCAGUGAUUUUAGCUGUGUUGAAGAAUUUUCAGAAUAAGCGUUUUUUUCCUGAAAAUUCUGAGUUUUGUUUGAAGACCCCUAUGCAUUUUCAACCGUUCAGACUACUGAAAAAACACACAGUAUUGUACUUUAAACUAUAAUCUGAUGCUUGAGCAUUAUGAAUGUUACAUUUAAUGUUAUUUUAAUGCAUUUUCUGUAUUCUUUAGGGUUUUUUCCUUCCAGGAUACUUUUGUCUGGACCUACAGCAACAUCUUACUUCGUUGGAAACACAUCUGUCAAUUUAUAUCUGGAUGUCAUUGCAAAUACAUGUAUGUUAACAAACUCUUAUCUAUUUAUGUUGCCUCAAGAAAGUAAAUUAUUAAAGACACAGUUAUACUAAACAAAGUCUUAUCUACCACAUCCAAAAAACCCUUUAUUUGAAAUCCUUUGUAAUAUCAAGAAGUAUAUUUGAAAUAUAAUAAAACAUAUUUUACCUGAUAUCUAAGUAUUGAUUAUUAAAAUGUAUUUCAAAGUAGCAUAUAUCAGUGUUGUUAUUCCUUGAGUCACUAUGGUUAUUCAGUAAGUAUGUGUAUAAAUAUCUAAGUAUCAACAUUCUGUUACAUUAGAGCCGCACAUGUACCUCGUUAUAGUGUUUUAUUGCUGAGAGGAGUUGGGGAAUUUACACUUUAUCCAAAUGUAGAUUGUGAUAAUUUAAAAAAACACUAUUGUAAAUAAUGAAGUCCUGUGAAAAGAACAGUUUAAUAAUCAAUAAAUAUUUUUUUCUCCCUUCAUCUGUUUACAUUUAGCCCCAUGCAUUUAACACAAAUAUUUAAAUUGAAAUGAAACUUGCCUGUAAUUCAAGCAAUGUAAACAUACGGUAUGUGUUUGACAAUUGCUGGGAUCCCCGAGUCCAGUGCUUCUCAUAUAGAGAAGCAUUGAAUAAAAUGUUUCUUACAGAGAAACAUGGGAUGCUUUCUCAGGAAACAGAGUCAACAUACCAUGCAAGAAGACACCGGAUGUAGAUUAGGUUCAAUUAUGAAAUCUUUUUUUAGUCUGAAGGCCUUAGCUGCUUUGUGAAUGGCAGCCCCUAGAAGUGUAGGGACAGCAAAAUUUAAUGGAACUGUUUAUUAGAAACAGCAUAAUAUCCAGCAGUUAGAGAGCAGGGGCAACAUCGGUGUACCAAAAUCAAUUCAUUAAGAUGGAGUGAUUUUUGGUGCUUUGACUCUCACUUUAUAGGUCAGUGGAUAUGCCAUAGAGUAAAUGACCACGAGAACUGUCUUUCUAGAGGGUGAAAUACCAUUGUUUUAAAUCUCAUACUUUAGUUUAAAUUUAUGUACAAAACAUGUAAAAAUAUAUUGAAAUAUUCAUUAUUGUAAUAUGAGUUAAUGUAACGUUUGUAACAGUAACAAAAGUGAAAUUUAUUUUAAAUUAAUUUAUAAUAUUACAAAUCUACUAAUGUAAAAGUAAUGUAACGCUAAUGAAAAAUGUAAAAAAAUCUUAACUGGCUUUAACUGAUCUGUGAAUUUUAUUGUUUCAGCUAUAGUACCAGAACCAAACUGUAAUGGCAAUAGUAGCACUGAAAAUUGGGCCUCAUUUUUGGAAAGUGUCACCUCCACUACGGUUAGCAUGUUUUAUCCAUGUACAUACAUAUGUAUUAUGCAUGUAAAUCCUACUUACAACUCUUCCACCUUUUUAUUAUUUUUAUUAGAUUUUAUUGUAUCUGAUUUAAAAAAUAAAAUAAAAAAUGAUAGCAUGCAAUCCAGAAUAGAAAUACAUUUAAAUCUCUAAACCUUUUGAGCUUAUUAUAUGUUCUAAAUUGUAAAAUGAAUCAUCAGAGACAUGGACAUUCCAUAGAGACUGCACCAUCACAACAUUUGCACAAAACUCCUCAUUAUCUGUGCAAUUCUUAAUUCUGUCCUCAUUUGUUUUGUAGAACUUGUAUAAAGUCACUGUGACUUUGAAUACGACCUUGUCAUGCAUUCUGGAUAAGACUCCGUGUUUUGUGGAGGCAAUUCAGGUUUCAGCAUGUCAGAGUAAUGUACCUAUUGCAAGUCUCCUAAUUCAAGCAGAAAUCUAUAGCAACACCACCUUCACAGGAAAUGUGUCAGGUAAUGUAGAUGGUGUUUAAUGGAAUAAUGAAUUGUUUGAAUUCUAGAUCAGCUUUCCCUAGUUACAAUUGGAGUUUUGUUUGAUUAAAUCAGGGCUGUGCGGUACAUCUUUUUGGUGUUGCUGGGGAAAAAAUCCCAUCUACCUUUCUCGACCUUAAUAGCAAUAGACGAUUAUUGGAGUUGUGUGACAACAGCUGGGAGUGUAGGGUUGGCCAGCUCUGUUUUAGUGUCAAAUAACCAUGCUUGUUCAUUUUUUUUGUAUGUGUUAAAAAGCAUUUGUAGUCAUACUGUAAUAGAUGCAAGGUUGUGUAAACGACAGGUUAAACAAAAUAUUUGAAAUUCAGUCCGACUUGCGUCUUCAAUUAAGCAGUUGUUGGGUCUGAGACAAAUUUACAAAAUUAAAGAAAUGAACCAUCUAUCAAUUAAGCAGGUUGAUCAUUAGAUUAGCUAGAGAUUGUUAGUGUGGUCAGAUAUACCCCUUGUUCACCAUCUCCUAUUUGGUGAUGCUUAUUGUGCCCAUUCUUGUACCCCUCUUUUAUUUACAAUUAUAAGAAAAAUAACACAAAACAACUGUUCAGAAGAUGUAAAAUGCUUUAUUUCGGCAGACAAUGCAACAGUGAUACCUACCCAGGCAUAUCAACCACUUGGACCAUGUCCCUGUAACCUGACAGCUGGCGCUUGUGAUAUUGGUUGCUGCUGUGAUCAGGUAAUUUUUUUUCCAUAUACAUAUCAAUAUGGCUUCUUAAUAAAGCAAAAUGAUACCAUUCUAUAAAAGAGUGUACUUUGUAGUUUAUUAUUAUUAUUAUUUAAAGAUGAUAUGGUGUACUUAUAUCAUGCUUUGUGUUCUUUCUGUUUUCAUUGAAGGAGUGUACAUCAAGCCUCAGGGAGCUGUUUAAUGGAUUCUGUUACACUGGUGUGUUUGGUGGAAAUGUAACACCGCCUUUUGACCAGCUCUGUAGUGUUCAGCAAAUUAAACGCGCUCCGGAUUGGUUUCCGUUCCUCUGUGUUCAAUCAUCCAUUGACAAUUCACCAUUUCUAGGUUACUUCUUCCAAGGUUCAACUGUGUAAGUGGAAUUAAUAUCUUUAUGACUGUUUUCACAAGUACAAGUAACAGCAUUCAGAUUACCAUGAAUGUGUGCUUCUUAUUGUUUUCGUUGUGGUUAUUUCUCAGUUAUAAAAUAUAAAACAUUUGUUGUGUCUGCUCAUUUUAUUUGUCAGAUCAUUUAAUAAAUGGAUUGAUAAUGGCUGUGGCUGACCUGGUACUUAAGACUCACACUUGCUUUGAUGAUGUGGAUUUUUCAAUGUUAAUUUUGUCCUAAGAUGAAUGUUACAUAAAUUGACAUAGACAUAAGUAAAAUUUUAACAUAUUCAACAAUAAAUUCUUUCAUAGUUAUUCAAGAAACUUGGAAUUGUGGAGAAUUGACCAGGGAAUUGGUAAAAUGGAAAAAUAGCUGGGUUUAGGCAGUUAUUCCAGUUUGGCUAUUAUGACCUACAGUCGGCACCUCCUUCGUCAAUUCCUGUUUGAUAUUUUAAGCAUGGCUGAAUACACUAUUCUCUGAUGACUUUCUGGCUUUGACAUGUUUACAGAUCUGUCACCCAGCCCUAUACCUUCAGUGUGAGCUCCCAGUCCAUUGUCCAAGCUUCUGUGAAUCCUUAUAAACAAGGGGAUCCCAUUUUAGUACAGCAGAAUGGGUACUAUGUGUAUCUUACAAUUCCACAGGUAUGGUUUCAAGCAUCUAAAAGUAAUACUGAUACUGUGACUGAAAUGUUUUUUCUUUCUUUUAUUUGUUUAUUUUUAAGAGAGAUAUGAGUAUGAUUUAUUGUGUUAGGCUGGCCCCCAGAGCAGCACAAGAUUGCAGAACUAGAGCUGUCUACAGCCUGCCUGAUUACUAAAUUUGAAAAUGUAAAUGGGUUGGCAGUCUUACCCUACUCUCUCCAUACUGUGUUACUGUGCAGGGAUAGGCAGGGUAUGGUAAUUUUCUUAAUACUUUCAUUAGUCUUCUCUUAUAGCUAAGGUAGCCUUAUGCCUAUCCCAAGAAUGCUAAAUGGUAUUCUGGUGACAAUAAAUUGCCUGAAAUUGAACCUUUUGGAAUGUCCUUAUCCUUUCUUUUGAAGUAUUACAUUUGGGAUUUGGUGCUGAACCCGGAUCUGGUUGCACCCUGGUACUAGGGUUGGAAGAUUGAGUGCAGUUCCUGUAUUACAUUGAUGCUCCUAUCAAUCUGACAGCUGAUAAAGCUUGAUAAAGACCACACUGGUUGAAACAUUGUUUUGCACAUUCUGGUGACAAUUAAUUGCCUGAAAUUGAACCUUUUGGUGUGCCCUUAUCCUUUCUUUUGAAGAUUGAUAGGAGCAGGCAUCAUCUUCUGUGAUGACCAGUAUAUACGUUUGGCAUAUUAUUACACAAGACUAUCUAUAGACGAUUGACCCUGUAUUUGUAGUCUCAUGCAUGCUCGAGAGUACAAUAGUGUCACUGGCUCUUGUUUAGUGAAGUUACGAAGAGCUGAAAAAUUAUGGUGGAGAGAAGAUGGAGGUGCCUGGAAGGGAGAAAUUAAGAUAAGCGGACAUGCCAUCUUGGUGUGGGUCUAUGCAAAAAAAAAAUGCAAAGACCCCAUAAGUGAUAUUGCUGCUUUAAGGUGAUCAUAACAUCGUGACAACCAGUGUUGCAGGGAAGUAAAAUGAAUAAACAAAUGCAUAUAUAAAGAAAUUGCAAUUGUAUUGUUAUUCUGGUUUUAUUUUAGCAGUCCACACAUGGAGGAUGUGAGAGUAAUGCCCCUGUGGCUUACCUUCAGAAUUUUGUCUCUACAUGCGUUACUUAUUUGAAAACAUGUGCCGACGUGUUGACACCAAAUUUUAAUGUGACUGUACAGGAUGGCAAAGGAGGUGAGGUAUCCACUUUCCUAUUAACAAGUGUAACAAUGUAUAUUUUCAAAGUACUUCCUUUUACCAGUAUGUCUUGUUAUAUAUCCUUCUGUCUCCAAUCUUACUUAUGAUAAUUUGCUACAUUCUGUAAAACAUUUUAGAUAAGAGUGCUAUAUAGCAACUGUUUGUUAAACAAAUAAUGUGCCUUUGCAAUUUUUUAGGAUCAAUUACUCCCCAAAUAGUAAUUCAAAACAACACUGUGGACAGCGGGACAGUUUCCGGUAAGAUUCUUUUGUAGCUGCAUAAUGUAUAUUACUAUAUUUUCUUUUUUAACACAAAAUUGUACAAUACAGUUCAUGGUUCCUUGUCUGGGUAAACAGAACGGAAUUGUUUUCAAAUGCAUGUUUUUUUUUUUCCUAUGUCACAAUAUUAAUAGGCAUACAGUGUCUGGGCAUUAUAUCAUCUGCAAACUACACGUUUAUUUGGGAGUCCAACACACUUCGAGGCAUUAAUAUAACCGUCCUUAUUGAGAAUAUCAAUCUGACUCUUCCAGGUAACUGUGUUUUUUUUGUUGUUGUUGUUUUUGUUUUUUGUCAAUCCCUUGAUUCUUUACAAAUAAACUUUCUUGGAUUUCCCCUGAGCAUUAUUUUAAAGAGCAUCUUUCACCAUUCCAUACAUUAAGAUGGGUGUUGCCAUUUUGACUUGCUAUUCUUUAGUUAUCACCAUUUUUAUUUCACUGGCAGCUUCAGCAGGGGCAAUUAAAACUCUGUGUGUGUCAAACUCAACUCCAAUCUUUUAUUAGACUGUAACUGCUUUAAUUUUCUGCUAAAGCAUUUGGCAAUCAAAGAUUAAUUGAAGUUAGAGCAGUUAGAGGCCUGAAUUAAAUGUGGGUCAUAUCAAUGGGGAUAAGAACUGGUGGUAUGCAAUGCAUAAGUAUUCGGUGAAUAACUGGAUGUUAGAGACUGACACUGUAAAUAAAAUUGCUUGAGCAUUUGAUUGCUCUUUUAGUAGCUUUAUUGGAUAAUGAGCUAAACAGUAUAUUAUAAUGCUUGAGCAAGAGCAUGUUAAGACUUUUUUCAACAUAUUAAUACUAUGUACUAUUCAAUAGACUCUGAUCAAUUCCUCUUGUCAUUGCUGUAUGUGUAAACUGUGGAAAAAGAUGUAGGGCCCCCCUCAAGACCCUGAAAUAUGGCAGUCCAUUUGAGAGGCAACUGCUACAUGAACUUCAUGUGUCAACCACAAAGAUCAUGCCUAUAUACUGAUCGGCCAAAACAUUAAAACCAACUGCCUAAUAUCUUGUAGGCACCCUUUGUACUGCGCAAAUAGCUCUGAUGCUCUGAGGCAUGGACUCCACAAGACCUCUGAACAUGUUCUGUGGUAUCUAACAGAUAUUAACAGCUGAUCCUUUAAUCCUUUUAAGACCUACAAAUUGCGAGGUGGGGCCUCCAGGGAUCGGAGUUGUUCCAGCACAUUCCACGGAUGCUUCAUUGGAUUGAGAUCUGAGGACUUUGGAGGCCAAUGCGACAUCUUGAACUCUUUGGCGUGUUCUUCAAACCAUUCCUGAACAAUUUUUGUAGGAAGGCAGAGUUCUUUAUCUUUCUGAAAGAGGCCAAUGCUAUCAGGGAACACCAUUGCCAUGAAGGGGUGCAUGUGGUCUGUAACAAUAUCUAGACAGGUGUUCUGUGCCAAAAUACCAUCAACAUAAAUGCUAUGAGCCAUGGUUUCACGGCAGAAUAUUGCGCAGAGCGAAACUCACGACCCGCCUUCUUCCCAUAGUGCAUCCUGCUGCCAUCUCUUCCCCAGGUAAAUGACGCACAUGACAUACACCUGAUCUAAAGAAAACAUGAUUUCUCAGACCAGGCAACCUCCUUCCACUUCUCUAUCGUCUAGCCAUCACUGCUUGGCCCUAAAUCAUAAAAAAAACCAACAGAUUUAUAAUGGAUGGUUAACACAUAGCAAUUGCAUAUUAUUGCUGAUAUUUUCUUUCUUUCUUUUCCAUAGCUCCACUAACUCAACAGUUCGCAGUAACCUUUCUCACCAGUGACAAUAUCAAUGCAUCUGAUGUUCUCUCUGGAAAUCCAGGUCUGCUAUCUUACUACUGCACUAUAAAACAUGCUUUUUCAGCAUUUCAGACAAUUAAAAGUUUAAUGACCAAACAGAUAAGUUAAUAAUGGUAGCAUUACUAUUUCAUUGGUGUUUGAAGCUUCAUAUUGUGAUCUUUCAAAACCUUUCCCUCUUAAACAAAAUAAAUCUUCUUUACCACCAGUGUAUCUGUUUUAACCCCUUAAGGAUGGUGGGUGUACUAUGCCGUCCUUUGGGACCCGGUCCUAAACACAGGUGGCUGGCAUAGUACGUCCCCGACGUCCUGUAGACCAAAAUUACAGAGAAUGCAAGGAAGCUGAUUAUGAUCAACAGUGUCAAAGGCAGCAGAAAGAUCAAGGAGAAUUAGGAUAGAGUAAUGGCCGCGAGAUUUAGCAGCAAUUAUAUAGUUGGAUACUUUAGUCACAGCCAUUUUGACAGAAUGUCCAGCGCGGAAUCCAGACUGAAGGGGGUCAAGCAGAGAGUUGGAUUUAAGAAAGUCAGUCAGUCUGAUGUACACAACUCUCUAGAGGAUCUUGGAGGCAAAUGGGCAAUAGCGAGAUAGGGCGGUAGUUGGAUGAGGAGUUGGGGUCAAGGCUGGGCUUUUUCAGAAUUGGGGUUACAGUUGCAUGUUUGAAGGGUAAGGGGAAUGUGCCAGAGGCAAGGCAGAGAUUGAUUUUUUUUGUGAGAGGAAGAGCAAGAGAGGGAGACUAAGUGCGGAUGAGAUACAAGGGAAUAGGAUCGAGGAAACAGGUGUUGGGGCUGGAGGACUGGAGCAGAGCAGAAACCUCUUCUGCUGUAGCAGGUGCGAAUGAGUGUAGAAUGGUGGAGGGAGUGGGGUUGGGUGAUGUAUUGGUAGGGGAAAAAGAGAAAUCAGAGAUCUCUUCUCUGAUUGUAGAGAUCCUCUCAGUGAAGUGAGAUGCAAAAUUUGUGGCGGGGGAGUAAACGGUGAAGAAGAGCAUCAAAAGUGUGAAAUAGGAGUUUUUGUUGCUGGGACAGUGCAGCGGAAAGGGCCAGGCUGUAGGAGCACAGCAUAACAUUAUAGUGGAGGAAGUCAGAUGCAAAGUGAGACUUUCUCCAGCAGCGUUCAACAGUUCUAAAACAUUUUUGGAGGUAACGGGUCAGCUUGGUGUGCCAGGGUUGUAAUUGGGAGCGCUUGCUGUGUUUAAUUGUAGGAGGUGCAAUGAUGAUGAGUUGUAGAGUGAGGUUGCAGAGUUAGGGCAAGUUAGGAGAUGGGUAAAAGGAGAGUUUGGAGUUUAUGAUCCAGUACAAUGAUACAAGGUUAAAAACAGAACAUUGAUGUAUAAAAGUAUCUGGGAAAAGAAUAUGGAGCAUAAGAUCUGCAGAGAAGUUCAGGCAUAAUUGUCCAAAAACAUUCUAAAUAGGUCAUGUUAGAGGAACUCCAGUAACAAAAUGCUAAUGGAGGUAGCUAUUUAUAGCUUUUUUUGCCUUGUGUUUUAUGGUGUCCAAUACAAAGUUAUACUAGAGAAAGGGAUUUUAAAAGCACAGAAAAUGGUCAAUGGUAGAAAAGUAGACCAGUUAUGGGGCAUAGUUUUAGCAUGAAUCAAUCAGUAGAAACUUCCCAUGGUAACUGUGCUACAUUGACACACACUUUUUAUUUUUUUGUAGGUUACCAAGUUGGCAAGCCUGUGAUAGCAGCCAGUGGAAGUUUACCUCUUAAUAAAACGACUCUCAAUCUUUGGAAACCUGGUAAUAGUUUGUGGUCUAGAUUUCUAAAUAUAUAAGUAUCCCACACAUGCAGAGAGAAUAACAACACUGAACAUCAGGGAGCAUCUGCCUUGGGUUCAGAUAAUAUCAUGUAAAUGAAUAUCAUCUACUUAAGGUUAAUAAUUUAAUGCUGCAAAGUGCAAGUAUGUAAAAUGAUUCCAAAUGAAAUGCAACCUUUUCAUGAAAUUGGUAGACCCGGCAAUUCAUUCCUUCUGUACAGUGUCAGAUCUGGCUACACGUAGGUCAUCCUAGUGGGGAAAUAAUUCUGCCGCAGGUUAGUCAAGUUGCAGUACAUUUUGAAUAUAUUAUGCAAGAAAAUAUCUCGUUAUACUGUAAAGAAAGUGUGAUGCUUACCUGCACACAUCGGAAACGGCUACUUCAUUGGUAGAACAGGGGAAUUACCUUGUCAUAUUUACCUGUUCAUUUUGGUUUUGUUCCUAGGUCAAAUGGCGUACACAGUCAACCUGAUUCUAAUUAGAAUAGAAACAGAGCAUCAUGGAGUAUAUUCCGAGAAAUAGGAUCUCUCGUCCCUCUCUGUCUGAGAUCUUGUGACACUGACAUUAUAAAUCUAGAUGAAUAUUAUUUUAUUGACUUGAAGUAAUUUUUAAGAUCUGAAUCUUAAUAAUAUAAAUGCAUUUUUUUUUAUUGUUGCACGUUUAGUUGUUCUGAGGUUUCAUUUGAAUUCAUCUCUUUGUAUUGCAGCUGGAGAUAGCUUGUGUUCCUCAGCCUCUCCUACACCUGUUUUGUUCGGACAAAAUUCCUAUUCUGGGUGUAUUUUGCAAGUGGUUAAUGAAGACUGCAAUCAGAUAAGGUCUGUUUAGUAGAUUUUAUUUCCUGUUUUUCUUUUCUUGCAAAGAUUUUUUUAUUUUUACUGAACAACCUAUAUUUGGAUAAAUGACAGCUAAGUGACAGUUCCUCGUUUCAUAACCCCAGUAAAAGCUAUUCCAGUAUUUACUUGGGUAAUAAAAAGCAGCAGUGGUAACAAAAAAUGCCCUUACCUCUGCUAUUCAUUGUUGGACGUGUCUUCUCCACAUCAUGAUGCUUGGGCAAAUUUGUGCAUAGUCUGGCAUCUGCACAGAAAUGUUCUAUGAGGGCAUUCCUUCAUUAGUGCUUCAUGCACACAUGCACUGUGCAUAGAAUACAUAAAGAAGUUUAAUCUCUCUUACAGGCUGAAUUUUAAAUAAAUAAAACCGAUUAUCACAACCAUUAUGUAACUUUUAGUUAGCCUAGCAGUUUGAGCAUAAAUCUCAUUAUUGACAUUCAUCUUAAACUGAAUUCUGUACAUACAGCAGCUAACCAUGACUAUACAAAGGACCUAUCAUUCACAAAUGGGGUAAGUAUUACAAGUUAAAAGGACCGGGUACCAACACAAUUUAAAUGUUUCUGGCCUUAUGUUCAUACUGCAAUUUUCUCCACAUUCAAAGAUUUUAUUUUAAUGUUUUUAAUGCUUUGUCAAAUGUGACUUGAGGAAGGUGUUUCAGAAACCAGCAAAUCUAAAUCGAUUUGAAUGUGGAGAAAAAAAAAAAAAAUCAACCUGAAUAUCAAACCUAUUAAAUGCACUUCAGAUUUCUCAGAGAAUCCCUUUAAAAAAGGGGGACUAUAGAAACAUAGAAUGUGACGGCAGGUAAGAACUGUGACAAACGCCCUGUAUUCUGAUCGUUUGCCAGCAGCUCCUGGAGGAGCCCUGCUUGCUAGCCUCCUGCCUUUAGGUCUAUGGGCCCUGCAUUAUACCUUGCCCAAUGCACUUGAAAAGGCUCCAUUCAUGUGAGUUAUGUACUUUUGUACUCCAGAAAGAGAGACCGACCAUUAGUCCUGAUUCCCUGGAACUGUUUUGGGCAUAGGACUAUGUGCACGGUCAGUCAAAUAAUUGACUUCCAUGAAAAUCCCAAAUCCCUGAACCGAUCCCUGAUUUGACCUAUUUUGUAUGGGAGUGUCCUGGACCUGAGAUCCAAUGUAACUGUGUGUAUACUUUUACUGUAGUCUACUCUCAGGUCCAGGGGGGAGUGCCCCUUGCAUGGGGACCUGCAUAUAAGGCCAGCUGUGGCUGCCAUUAAAGAGAUUCGUUUUACCCUUCAUGUCUAGGUUCAUGUUUGGGGGAUUGGAGAGCUAUAUUCACUCUGGGGAUUGCUAUAAUCACUAUACUCCCUUGGAUCACAACGAUUGCUCUUGUAAGAGCAGCCUGCUGCUCUCAUGGGACUAGGAGAGAUCUACCCACUGGAAGCUGGAUCCUGGUCUUGGGUCCAGGGUGGGUGGAGGACAGUGAGACCCCAUCUAAGCUGCAGCAGUUUGUGGGGUUUAUGGUGGUUAUGGUGUUCCAGUGCGGUGCUUAUGGUGCUCGCAAGUACUAGGAAGCAGCGAUUGAUGGAAGUACCCGGUCGGGAUGCCAGGCGGUCCGUCACAAGAACCAUUCGGCCCAUCUAGUCUGCCCAAUUUGCAAAAUACUUUUAAUAAGUCCCUGCUUAUCUUAAGUCUAGGAUAGCCUUAUGCCUAUCCCACGCAUGCUUAAACUCCCUCACUGUGUUAACAUCUACCACUUCAGCUGGAAGGCUAUUCCAUGCAUCCACUACCCUCUCAGUAAAGUAAUACUUCCUGAUAUUAUUUUUAAACCUUUGCCCCUCUAAUUUAAGACUAUGUCCUCUUGUUGUGGUAGUUUUUCUUCUUUUAAAUAUAGUCUCCUCCUUUACUGUGUUGAUUCCCUUUAUGUAUUUAAAUGUUUCUAUCAUAUCCCCCCUGUCUCGUCUUUCCUCCAAGCUAUACAUGUUAAGUUCCUUUAACCUUUCCUUGUAAGUUUUAUCCUGCAAUCCAUGAACCAGUUUAGUAGCCCUUCUCUGAACGCUCUCUAAAGUAUCAAUAUCCUUCUGAAGAUACAGUCUCUAUACACUAUAACCACAGUAUAGUUACCACAAUGGUAAAAACUAUUGUAAUAAUCUGAUCAUAUGUACUGUAAUAAUCUGACACACAAGACUUGGGGUUCAUCAUUUAGCAGAACUGUAAUAUCAAAACUAGGCAUUUUAACAAAUAAUCUUAAAAAUUAUAGCAAAAGGUGUAUGUUAAUGUGUUUAUUUAUGUUCUAGAUUAUUCAGUAAAAGGUUGACCCAUAACUAUGUUUGCAGUGGAACUAAUGUAAUGCAUCAAGUGCUCUACUCCAGUAACAUUUGUAGUACACGUCUUGCCCAGUUGACCUGUGGGUGGCAGACUUGAUGACAGCCAUGUUGAAACCGCUUUUCUUUUUUUAUGGUUACAGGGAGAAUGUAACUGCCUUACUGAAAUCCUUUGUUCCAGUUAGUUACAUAGCAAUGAGCGGCAACUCUAAUACCACUGACCUCACUGAAUGGGUGUCCAUUAUCUGUAAGUCCACCCAAGAUCUGCAUUAUUGUUAAAUCAUAUGUGGGAUAGUUAUUGUAUUGUAAACACGUGCAGGGAUGUGAAAUCCCAAUCACCAACACAUUUAGCUCCAGGCGUCAAGCCGGCAGUUUUUUUUCUUGUUUGUGCGAUUGCGGACCAGUAGAUUGCAGCAUUGGCGACAAUCUCUGUAUAUGUGUGGGAUGAGCGGGUGCUGUCACAAUUUUCUUGUCCACAGUAGACAGCGCUAAAUUUACACACAGUGAAGUUGUGGUAGCUGUGAGCGAUAGGCUUGCUGGCAAUGAGGGGUCAUGGUCUUUAUUGCUACAGGAAUGGGAGAGAACUGCUUACAGAUAUGAAAGGUGGGAGAAUGGGAUACUGACUGUGGGUGUGAUGAAAGAAAGCUUAUUAGUCGGUCAGGAGAAAUUGGGGUGCCAAUACUUACAUCUUCACAGACUAACCUUCACACACAUUUGCCCCUGGAUCUACACACAUAUGGACCUUCACUUACACACAGUUUUUUGUAUGUUUGUGUGAUGGCAAGUAGAUUGGUCUAUUGGUGUUAUUUGGUUGUUUUUUUUCUUUAUAAAUUUCAACACCUGCCUUUCCUUAAAGACCUUGUCUAAAGAAGUUUUCACUACGUAUUUGUCAUGCAUUAUAUAGAUAUGGGAUAGCUACAAGAUAAGUAUUAGAUAAGACGUUUAUCAUCAGAUGAUCUGAACUGCUCUUAAACAAAUAGCAUCCACAUCCUAGCUCUGCACUAUUUAAUGUACUACUCUGAAUUUUAGCCUCUGCAUUGUUGUGUAUCAAGCAUGCACAGCCUGCCAUUGGAAAGACACUCUCACAAACAGCGACAAAAUUGAUAUAAGCAACCUGGAAGUAUUGUCUUGCCUGAUUAAUAUUGUUAGUGUGCGUCGUUAGCGGCAGUGAUGUUUCUAAGUAACUGCAUCAAUAGCCCACUUUAAAAAAUAAUUGUGAGAUCCGGGUGCUCAAAGCACUAAAUGCUUUGCAGCAAUGCAAAGUGCUUAUGGUGCUUAAACUGACUGUAAUAGAAGAGACAUGGGAAUAUCUAUCUUACUGUGCUAAGUAUUUCCUCCCAGUUAAUUUGUCAUUCCACAUAUCUACAUUCCAAAGUGAUGCUAUAUUUUCUCUUACGUUUACAAAUGUUUAGCAAUUAAGCUCACAAUCCACGUCUUGCACAACCAAUUAACCACAAAUAAUACUCCAAUAUGUUCUUAGUUGUUCUGUGUCCCUUUAUUAAAGUGUACAGAGUAACAUUUCAAACUUUCUCUAUCAGGCACUGUCAGGGCACAAAUUGCAAAUGAGUAGGAGAAAGAUUUCUCCUCCUUUCUCUAUGCUGAUUGGCAGGUUCAAUGGACAAAGCUAGUCACAAAGAUUGCCUGGGAGAAAGCUAAAGAGGUGUGGAUUUCUUCAUUUCAUUUAAUGAACUCACAAAUAUCUACUUUUUAAUUACAGUCAUUAUAUUAAAAAUCCAGGGAAAUGACUUCUCCAUUUUAAAGCUAAUUUUAAAAUUGUGUACCAAGUAAUUUAAAUAAUGUAUAGUUGAAUUGUUUUUGUUUAGAUGAAGAGAGUAACUCCACUUGUUUGAGUGACUGUGCAGCACAAAUCGUAAUGUGCUUAAACGUUCCUGUUAACAUGAACAUACAGAUCCUCACUGCAGUCACUGGAGCAGUGGAAGGAAUUUCACAGGAAGAGAUCAUUGGAGUGAAAAUAAGGUUAGUUCAUGUUCUUAGGUAAUGGUUUUAUCCAUAUACACAAACACCUAUAUAUACAGGCCUUAAAGACUUGGAAUUUUAAGUACUAUGCUACUAGCCAGCAUACUCACCAGGGGUAAAUUUCUACUUUCUGGUACUCUCACCACUGGGACUUUCACGAAGGACUGAAAUGUUGAACUAAUAUUGCUGUAUGCAGGCUGUAACAGAUCACCUGGUACCCCGAUUGGGCAUCUCCGUUAACGGAUGCUUCCUAGCUGACGCCGAGGACCAUAAGCACCGCACUGGACACCACAACCACCGCAGACUCCACAACCGCCGUAGCUUAACUGGAAUCUCGCCAUCUUCCUUCCACCCUGGAUCAACCUCUGACAUCCAGGACCGUGUGGGAAAGACCUCUCCUCCAGGAGAGUGUAUCAGGAACAGCUCUUAAAAGAGCUAAGUGAUUAGAGCUCAGGAGAGUAUGCAAAGUAUAGCAAUCCCCAGUGUGAUUAUAGCUGUUCCCCUCCAAUCACGAGACAAGACUGUGUGUUGAAGGUCAAACAGGAACAGAACGUUUAAUGGCACACACUGGUCUUUUAUACAGGUUUUACAGCAAAGGUGAUGCCCAGGUGAACCUAGUUGGGCACCGAAUACAAAACAUACAAACCAAUGAAAACAAACAAGGAACGACACUCCCACAUACAUUACACAAUCCCUCCUCUCUGCCUGUGAUACAAUUAAGGUAGAUAAUACAAUAGGCAGAAUAGACCUUAAUUUUCCCCAAAGUACAGAAAACACCCCCAAACAUAACAUAUCCCCAUCUUACAUCCCCUGAUAGCCGUGAUCUGGGUGAACAACAUAUCCAAAAAUCACCCAGAUCAGAGCAGGGGUUCAGGAAAUUCCUGGAAGUCUCUUUUGACUGAACGCACGCAUAUUUUCAUGCCCCAAACAGUUCCAUAGUAUUAGGCUGUGCGGCCGGUCUGUUUCCAAUAGUUCAAAUACCGUUCGAAUUACCGAAUGAACUGGUGAAUGGUCAUAUUCUAUGUGUGUAUAUAGAAUAUAGAAUGCACACUAUAACAAUCUCAAAAAAACUUAGCUUUAUUAUGUACAAAAAAGUACCAGAGUGAAAACAUAUAAGAAAAGAUAAACAAAGUGACAGAAGCAAGGGCAAACACAAUAAAACAAUAAUAAAUUACCACAAAAAUUCUUACAAGCCUCAAGACAGAAACACGAGUCACCAAACCCCCCAACGUUUCAGCACCAACUGGCUGCCUUUAUCAAGGGUACCUGGCCGUACUAUUUUGUCUCUCCAUGUGCUGUUGUUUUGAGCAUAUUCUAUGUGUGUCCAUGGUUCGUGUGUUUAAAUGUACCGAACACCACUGCGUUCGUAUGAAAAGAUACAAAUUGCCGUAAGUCCCAGAGGUGUUCGUGUGGAAUAGUGUCCGAAAACAGUUCCAUGCGGUCGACGACAAAACACUGCUGGCCAUUCGACAGUUUAAGAUGGCCGCCGCCAUGUGUUCGUUCAUACGAAUGAUGACCACCCAGCCGUUCGUCAAUUAAGCUGCGGUUAACCACAGCUUCUGGGAGGUUAACAAGCAGCACACUCCACUUGCGGGUGGUUCGGCUGUUCAUCAGUUUGUUCGGUAAACGAACACCAUUAGCACAAUCCAUUCGGCAAGCCCCAUUCACUGAACCAUUGCAGGGAAAAGGCACGAACAAAAGCCUUUCCCCAGUCCUGAACCAGAGUCCAAUACAGGGGCAAUAAUCACAAGGCAAAAGGCCAGCCAUUAGUCCUCUCCAACAACUAGUGGCAAAGUGGCUUUCGUCACACAGGCUAUUGCAAAUAAAGGACAUUUCACUUAAUACCACACCCCUACAUUAACCCCAACUUAAAAAGCAUCAUGUACAUAAAUAAUUAAGAAACCAGUUCAAUGUAUUCUUAAAUUAGUAUCUGUACAUGUAUAAUUUCCAUUACAAUGUCUCUUGAAACCCAACACAGGCACACCUCAUUCUACUAAAUGAGGUACUGAUUAGGUGAACUACCUAAACCAAAUCUUAUUUAAUGAUAAAAAGUAUAAAAACAACUGCUAUAGUCAGUACUAUCCUCUUGCAGUAGGAACAGAUAAAUGUCUAAAACAGCGCUUGUAAAUCCUCACCUUAGAAUAAAAUUUUUUAAAAAACUAUUGAACAUGCAAAAAGAAUUUAAAAGAAAGGUUUUGAGUAAGGAAAAGUAUACUUAAUUUCUGGUUGUAUGGGUAGAGGUAUAAUGUAUCAAGUUGCUUCCAUCCCAAAAAUGGCAAACAUGGCGGUUCAUAAGAACGAGGUCAAGCAGCAGAUAUUGGGAGCAAUAAUGCUAUAGACCUGUAGAAGAUAAAAAUGACUCUCCAUUGACCGGGAUGACCGCCAGCUCAUUACAAUGUCACUCUUCUACAAUAGAAUUACAUCAUGUCAGCUGAUGUGAAAUGCACGGCGAGGACAUUUUGAAUCUUGCUCCUAGAGGCAGAUCUAAAGUCAUGCAAAAAUAGAAAAAAAGCCAUUCACCGUUAAGAAGCUAAGAAGAUCCAGGCUGAGGUUUAAAACCCUUAAGGAUUGGGCCAUAGAGGACCGAGUCCAGUUUUCAGCUUUGCCCAUCAUGUGGUCAUUUAAUGGUUAGGCAGAGACCUGGAAAGGCAACUACUGUGAGAUUUAGGAGGAUCAGUGAGGAUCUGGGUGUGCUUCAUCAAGGCUGGAAUCAGCCACAUUAAUUUUUGUGAAGGAUAUAUGAAUCAAGCCACAUGCAAAGUUGUCUUGGAAGAAAACUUGCUUCCUUAUGCUCUGACAAUGUUACUCAACUCUGAGGAUUAUUUUUUUUCCAGCAGGACAAUGCUCCAUGCCACAUAGCCAGGUCAAUAAAGGUGUAGAUGGAGGACCACCAGAUCAAGACCCUGUCAUAGUCAGCCCAAUCUCCAGACCAGAACCCUAUUGAAAACCUCUGUAAUGUGGUCAACAGAAAGAUGAGUGGUCAUAAACCAUCAAACAAAGAUGAGCUGGAGUGGCAUACACCCAACAGCAAUUUAUAGAAGGAAUCUAAAAUGUUAAUUUUGCUCAAACAAAAAUCUAUAAAUAGAAAAAAGACUGAGAAACUGAUAAUUUCGUAGUGGUAUUCAGAGCUGUAUUAUGUAUAUGUAUGUAUGUGUGUAUCUAUCUAUCUAUCUAUCUAUCUGUUACUUGUUUUUGGUUCCUAAUCUUGUUCUGAGAGGUGAGACUGGCUAGUAACGAGGAUUUAACCCUGAUUGAUGUACUAAACAUAAGAGUGCAUUUCCCCUCAGCAUAUCUGAAUAAACACGAGUGAAACAAACUAUAGCAUGAAAGAAGCCAUUAAGUGAAUAAAGCAUGGCUAGCCAAUGGGUAAAUUCCUCACUGUUGUAGAACUUCAACUCCCAUGAUGCUUUUGCCAGGUUGGCAUUGUAGGUCUACAACUUUAUUGGUUCUGCAUUUUGGAUUUCCUAACUAAACGUUACAAUAUAUGCAGAUUUGCACUCUACCUUUUAAUUUCAUGAAAAUAUUUAAGACUUAUGCAUUAUGUACUUAAAGCGGCACUGUCAUGCCGAACCUACCUUUUCCUAAUCACUAGGGACUACUUUGUCUUUUGUAUUUUUCCUAUUCUUGACCCGCUCUGACCCACUUUCCAUGAGUCAGAGACAUUUUCCCACAAUACUCACCCAUUCCUCCGUGAUCUCGCGAUGCCUGCUUUCACUAUUCCUGAACAUCCUGCCAUUUAGACAGAAUGCCAACGAAACUACCGAAUUGCGUCCUAACAGAAUGAGAACAGUUUGUUCAUUCAUGUUAAGAUUACAUUUGGUACUUUUAGGUCGGUUAGAAAUUUCAUUCUAAUGAAUGAAAUUCAGAUCCAUGCUGCGGCUGCAUCUUGCAUCUGAUUCCCAUGGUAUCAGGGAGCUAUCUACCAAGACUGGUCUUUCAGCCAAGUUUACUAAUACUAUGUAAAAAUUACUUCGUAUUAGUAAUUAAUCUGCCCUUACUCGCUAUGCUGCGAGUAGGGGCAUAUCUACUAAACAGCGAGCCCCUACCCAUGCCCCUCGAGUGGGGGCUCUUCAACUAAACAUAGGGUCCCCCUUGGCUCCCACCCAUGAGCGUCGGGGGAGGAGCCUAUUGUACAUGCUCUGAUUUCCUCCCCCCCCCCCAUUGAGCUGCAGGUAGGCCUCCCCAUUUUCAUUUAGGGCCCACACCUACCGCUCAUGGGUGGGGGCCGGGGACGACAAUAGGUUCCCCCCAUUUUCUUUCAGGGCCCCCACCCGCCACUCAUGGGACCCUAUGUCCCCUGUUUAGUUGCAUAGCCCUCGCUCGGGGGGGCACUAUGUUCCCCCUGCUAGCUAAAAGAUCACCAUAGGGUCAAGAACACAAACAUGUAUUCCUGACCCUAAAGUGUUAAAACCACCAUCUAGCCCCCCUGGGCCCCUCAUGCCUCCAUAAAUAUAGUAAAAAAUCUUACUGUAUUCAAGCUUGAAGCUGUAACUCUGCAUGCUGUUAGACUCGGAAAAACAAGCAGUGUGCUGACAUCAUCAGAAGUGGUAGUCUGAUCCAAUCACAGUGCUUUCCCAUAGGAUUGGAUGAGACUGAAAUGAGGCAGAUCAGGGAAGGAGCCAGCAUGAUUCAAACACAGCCCUGGAUAUUCAGCAUCUCCUCAUAGAUAUUAAUUUAAUGAAUCAAUCUCUAUGAGGAAAGUUCAGUGUCUGCAUGCAGAGGGAGGACAUACUGAAUGUUUGGAUGCAUUUUAGGUAGCCAUGACCCAGGAAGGAUCUCUAACAGCUAUCUGAGGAGUGGUCAGUGAAGUUAUCACUAGGCUGCAAUGUAAACACUGCCUUUUCUCUGAAAAGACAGUGUUUACAGCAAAAAGCCUGAAGGUAAUGAUUCUACUCACCAGAACAAAUUCAAUAAGCUGUAGUCGUUUGGUGAUUAUAGUGUCCCUUUAAUAGAUGCCCCACCCUGGGUCCAUUUGUUGGAGGGGGAUGCUUUUUUUUAUUUUUAAUACAACUGUUUAGUAGAGAUGCCCCUACUCGCGGCAUUGCGAGUAGGGGCAUUCAGGAAAUUUCAAUCUCCCUUAUUCUAAUAUGGGGGUCAUAUUCACCCCCAUAGAGUGAGGGAGAACAUGGGGGGGGCUUAUGAAGUGGCGAGGAGCACUGCUCCCUGACGGUUUUUAAAUCUUUUUUUAUAUAUAUUACAAGGGGGAGCUGCGAGCCGGUAGCUCCCUCCUUGUAAUAAACUGUUUGUUUGUUCGUCAGAAAUACGAAGGACUAUAUAGCAUUUUCAGAAUUCAAUGAAUGAAUAGAUGAAAUUCCCGUCCGAAUUUCGGACAAUAGCGAAUGCCCAAGUGUUUAACUGGACAUGCGCAGGAAUUUUGCAGCGCUAUCUAGUGUGGGCAGAUGACGUGUCCUACAGGGACUUCAUCUGCCCACACAAAGAUGGCAGCGCCCAGGACAUAGGACAAAAUAGGUGAUAUGGGACAAAAGGGGCAUUUGGGUGUGACUAGGGGGACAAUUAGAUGUAAUGGAGUCGGGAGGGGGGGGGUUAAGAAAAAACUGGGUUCGGCCAUGACAGUGCUGUUUUAAAUGGAGUUAGUUUUUAACUUUAACCAUUUUGGUCAUGCAGACAAUUAGAAACAUUAUGCAAUACAUACUCAUGAUCUCUAUAAAGUACUUACCAAUAAAACGCAUAAUUUUGAUAUUAAUAAAAAUGAUUUCUUUUUGUUUUCCAAUUAGUUUUUCUACAGUUAAUGUUGAUUGCAUCACAUCCUGCACGUUAUCACUACCUGUCAGCAGUUCCGUACAGUUCAUCAAAGUUCCUGCCCAAGCCACUCCUAGAGUCUCAAGGUAAAGCAGUGCUCUAACCUUUGUCACUUUUUAAUUGCAGAAACCUUGCACUAGGCAUUACACUUUAACAUAUCACUCGUACAGAAUAACAUUUCUGACUACAGUCUGGUACAAUUCCUAGGUACAUACUAUAGUACUAUAACGAAUGCAGUAUCUUUGUUAUACAGUGAAACAAGGACAGAAUAUAUAAUAUAUAUAUAAUCUAAUAAUAUAAACGGUUUGCCAAAACCUACAUGUACCAAGGGUAAAAUAUAUACUAAAACCUUUAUAAAAACACCACAAUAAUUAUUCUAAACACCCAAACAAUAUUUACAGAUUAUAUAUAUAUAUAUAUAUAUAUAUAUAUAUAUAUAUAUAUAUAUAUAUAUAUAUAUAUAUAUAUAUAUAUAUAUACACACACACACAAUGGCUGUAUAAGACAACUGUAAUGUAUUAAAUAGGUAACCCUAUUUAUGUCAAUCUUUCUUUUAUUAUGGCAUUUGCUCUAUAGGGUACAGAAUAAAGAGAGUAGGCAUUGUGGGGUAAUACAAGUCAAAGAUAUCAAGAUGGUGUGUAAUGCACACCCAAGAAAGACGGCCAUAUAUUUUUUUUUUUUAAACUUCAAACAAACACAAUAUCACAAGCAGAUGUUUAAGAGAUGAGUGCAAGAGAUACUUAAAGGUCGCUCCAAUGGUAGUUUCCAUGUGCACUGUAUAUCAGAUUUAAAAAUUAUUAACAUGCAACUUUAGGCAUGAGAUUGUAACAAAACAUACUAAGCAUACGAUUAGGCUUGAGGUGAGUAUCCGCACGUAUAGUACCUGCUAGGCAGAGUAAAGUGAACGGCUGCUAGCUUUUUAUGAGACGUUCUAACAAUAUGAAACAUAUGGUCAUAUGCAGGUUCAGUUGGCACUGGCUAGUAUCUGGAGAAAACUAAUGUAUGAUAGCGUGAGACAUAAAACAAAAUAACACUUAACAUUAUGUUAAAUCAGGCUAUAAUAGACCAAUAGUCAGGCUGUGAAAUUUUGACUAGUAAGUCAUACAUGCUGCCGCUUUCCCUGGUCCCCCCUUCCCCCGCUGAGUUGUCCCAUGUGUCUGCAUUACCGGCUGGCUUGUUAUUGGGAACAAGUGUGUCCAUCGUGCUGCUGCCCGCCCCGCCAGUUGGAUAGUUUUUCGAGUACCGUGCUGGGCUAUGCCGUGAAGUUGCAAUAUAGCUUUCAAAGGUGGGUCCAAGUUGGCAAGCUUCUUGGCUGGUAAGGUGGCAGCUCAUUGUCUACAAAUGAUCUCAGACGAGGGGUUUUGCUUUCUAUUUGGUAGCGGGAUGUUACAUCUUCACCUUCUCAUCUACCCGCCUGUGGGACGUGGGGAGCGCAGGUUCCAGGUCGUGUAUUAGCCGAUUCCUCUGCUGGGCUUCUGUGUGGUUGGUACUUGGGGGUUGCGGCUUGUCGGCAGGAGUCGCAGUUGACGGGUGGUCCCUCCCCAGCUUCAGGCUCCAUGCAGGGUCAGCAUCCGUAGGCCACUGACUCGGGGUCUCUGUGAGGCCGGGUCAUUCCCUUUUUGGGCGCCGCGGUAAGGCCUGAUGAUCUUCCGCCGCCAGCGGCCUUCCGGCGUCGUGGUCAAUGCCUUGGAGGGGGUUUCCUCACGACCCUAGGCCUGGAAGGGCUCUUAGUGUGCUUAGCACUGGUUUGACGCGCCGUUUUGCCCGGGAUGGGCCUAUGUCGCGUUCCUCCACCUCUCCGUGUAUCGAUAGGGGGUGUUGGGCAGCUCUGCGCUCUAUUUGUUCCCAGAAGCGGUAGAGUAGAGCAUCUAGCCGCUGGUGCAGGGUCUGCACGGGCCUUUGAGUGGGAGCAUGGGUAGCCACGGCCAUCUUGUGCGUGGGAUUCGGGUUGCAGGGGGACGAGUAGGUCUGCGGCAGAUUGCAAGCUGGCCGGGGUGGAACAUGGGCGUUGGAUGAGUUUGGAGGCAGCGGGUGAGCGGCCAUCUCCCCCGCACCAUCCGCGUGUGUAGGCCGCAAGUUGGAUCUGAGCAGGAACGGGUAGAAUAUCCCCAUGUUUGGUGUCUAAUGGUAGGUUUCAAGUUUCUCCGUCGUUUGGCAGCCUGUGUGUGUCCAGAUGCUGCGUGUAACCGUGGAAAUUUUGCCUAGUAAGUCGCUUGCCGCAGGAGCUCUUGCUACCCACGUCCACUCGGCUCGGCAGACAGGCCCCGCCCCCGUUAGAUGACAAAAUUAACACUGCAUCGAACGUCAGUGUAUUCUACAAGUAGGGUUGUCUGGAGGUAUUUAACGAGCACCAUCAUUUUUACAUAUUGAGGGAGAAUUCUAAAUGUGUUCUGUUCUAAUAGUGAUGUAAAGUAUUAAAAGUAGGGCAUUUCUCCUUUUGGAGAAAUCUCCAUUGGUGACCCUUUUUUAUAGAAAUCUCUAAUGUUAUAUCUAUAAAUAACUUUUACAUAAAAUUAUUCAGAGAUUCUCUACCCUCACUAUUAGUUUAUAAGUAUUUAAUUUACUGAUCAAUUAUAUUCCACCCUUGUGGUACUGUGAUUUUUAACUGCUAAGUCCAGUAUUUAUUUAUUUCGUUUUUUUUUAUUUUUUAUUUUUUUAUAUUAUUCUUUAUUUUGGUUGUGUACUAAUACAACAGGGGUAUUGACAUAAUAACAGGUUAUCAGUCACAGUGAAGUAGAAUGGCCUACAUAAUACCCGUAUAAUAUGAGAAAAUAUGCUAAUUUGAAUACCCUCGUAAUAACCGACACAUGGUAGGUUGCACAUUUUUUAAAUGAUAAGAUGAAAUAAAUGUAAAUAAAAAUAUCCAGUAUUUGAAACAUAUUUGAAAGUUCCUGCAAUAAUAGCGAGCAAAACAAAUCAAGAGUAUCUCAUAUUGUAAAAACAAUAGUAAGCAAAACCAUCUAGAAAAAAAUGCUCAGAUCCACACCACAUCUAAUAGCGUGGUUUAAAAAAGCCCUUUGUGACCACAGAAAGCAAAUUAAUAGUGUGGUUUAAUCUAUAACCUAUAACCACAGGUAUGUGGUGGAAAUCCCCAGAAUCUGCAUUGUAAAAAACAAAAACAAAAGUGAGUGAAGAUGUAUUAUACUAAAAAGUCUGGCAGAGUAAAAUAGCCAGAAAUGUAGGACAUUAGAAGGUGGAUAUGACACUUACUCAAAACACAGAGUAUAAGAAAAUACUAAAUCAAGUCUUCGUAAGAUCAUUUCGGAUUAUUUAAGCUAGAUUGAGACUAGGUGUUCAGUGUAGCAGCCAACAUGGUCAGUAGGCCUCCUUGCAAGCACAUAUUACUCCCAUUGAAGUAUAUUUUCACCUGCCAUGUAUGUCUUGUUAAAUAGGGCUGAGGCACAAGCUAAGGGGCUUGAUGAUAAUACUCUAUGAACUUUUAAACAGUAACUUUAUUUUCAGAAGUGCAGUCCUUAUAAAACUGGUUGGGCUUCAAACUGCAGCAAAUCAAGUUCCUGCAGUUUUUAAUAUGUCCUUAAGGACACAUGAUGGAACAUUUAAACUGAAAGGUCCAGUUAUUGUCAUUUACAAACUAUUCUGAAACGGAAACAUGUAACUAUGUAAAAAAAAGAUUUGUAUUCUCUAUUUACAAGACUGUAAAUUCAGAAUUGCAUAAUCAUACUGAAUUCUUUUCUGUCUUGGGGACUAGCAAGUGUAAAUUCUAUUAAGCACGGUUGGUGGCUCUGCCACAUGAAGAAAUAUGUCUUGCAUGUAAACAUGGUAUUACUUUUGCCUUUUUAAGCUGUUUAUUAUUACUACAACAAUGUACUUCCUAAGCCCAGUGAAAAGCCCUCUAACCCUAACCUAACCCUAGAUGCAGCAGACUGGAACUAUUAUGACUUUGAACCUGGCUUUGCAUGGCUGGGAAUGAUAUGUGUUACAGUCCUGACAUCUCAACAUCUCGAGUGUUGUGUACGCACUGUGGACUUGCCCCAUAAUGUUGCCACAUGGUUAUGUUACAGUGUACAUAUAUAUUUUAGAUGUGUGUGCUCUCCUUAAUGCCACAUGCAUUUUCCACUACCAUCUAUAGAGUUAACAGGUGUGUAUUUGCUUCUAUAACAUCCUUUCACAUUAUGUCUUAUUUGAAUAUAUUCUAGUUUUCAGAUAAAUUACACAGAAUAUGACUGUGAAAAGAAUGACGUCUGCUGGCAGCAGCUUGCAUAUCCGCUUACACAGUAUUAUACAGGUACAAAUCAAGCACCGCUACAAAGUCUAUGCUGGUAUAUGUUGCAAUAACACAACUUUUUUGUCUUACACACUACUUAUUGAUCUUGUCAUUCCAGUCCGUGUCUAUACAUAGAUACAUAUAUAUUGUUGCACAAUAUAUGUCUAGAGAAUAUUUUCUCAAAGAGGCCCUGUAACAUCUAACACUUUUUACACAGCCCCGUUGAAAACAAAUGGUGGCUAUGGAUUGUUGUGUUAUUUUUGCAAACUCUGCUUCUCUACAUUAUGAAUUUAACUAUAUGCAGAGUCAUCAAAGUCAUCAAGAAUGUGCAUUAUGCUGUCAUGUGAUAGACCAGAAUCUCUACAAAAUGUUGCCAGGACCUUCUUGAAUUCAGACUGUUUGGGGGGAUACAUUAUAUUGUCAUUGUUUUUAUAAAGCAGUGUAAUGUGUAUUUUUCUUGAAACAGUUAACUUCAUAUUGUAUUUAGCAUAUAAAAGUGAGGACCACCUGUUUUGGUGAGAUUUCUAAUGAUAGUUUAUUUUAAUUAUCCCAGGAGAACCUCAUCACUUGACUCUUGCAAAAGGAAUGAUCUUGGUUUUCUUCUUCAUCGUUGCUUCUGUUCUUGGUGGACCAUGGAACAGAAUUCGUAAAGCCUGGACUAUCAAAGCAUUCUAGUUACAAGUGACUCUUUUCACUAGGUGUAAGUGAAUAACGAUCCUGUGUCAAGACAGCAGUUAUCUCUGUAAACUCAGUCACAGAUUUGUUGAAAGCUGUCAAUGUUUAUGCUGUAAAGUGGACUCUAAUUGUUAUGGACAGCUUAAGCGUUUGGUUAUCAUGAACAAGAGAGAGAUGGUUUCCUGUUACAAAUUGGAAGGAAUAUUUCAAAUCAUGAAACACAUUACCCUACCAAAUAUAUUUGAUCUUAAACACUAGGUCUUUGAGAUUGUAGUGUUUAGAGAAUUUGAAUAAUUAUUCUUGACAUGUUGGCUUUAAGCUGUGCAUCUUAAUGAGUACAUUUUGAAAGUGUACAGUGAUAUUUGAAUUUGCUUUACAAGAUUGAUUUAGUUUUGGACAAAUACUUUUUUCACAUUGUGCUGUCUGUUAUCCAGCAAAUUUACAAUUUACAAUUAUUCGGUAAGUAAAUCAAUGCCCACAUGUAUAUGGUUUUGGGAAAUCAUAGGGGCAGAUUAAAGGCAUUCUCUAAUUUUGACUAUUUGACUUGCUUGGACCAUGUACCCUUUGGGGCUGAUUACUUGGUUACUUAAUUUAAUUUAUGUUUGCUAAAGCAGACAUCCCAAGCUAUUUCAGAUUUAAUUUAAAGGGACGCUAUUUCAGAUUUAAUUUAAAGGGACACUUUCCUGGCACUGCAGGUCCCCUCUCCCUCCCACCUCCCAUCCCCAGUUGCUGAAGGGGUCAAAACCCCUUCAGUGACUUACCAGAGGCAGCGACUAUGUCCCUCGCCGCUGCUUGUUGGUCCGCCCACGCUCCUCCCCGUCCCCACGUCAUCCAGCGGGGGAAACAGAUCCCAUCUACAGGCGGGGGAGACCUAAUGUGCAUGCGCGGCAAUGCCGCCCACGCGCAUUAGACUUCUCUAUAGGAAAGCAUUAAAAAUGCUUUCCUAUGGGGAUUUUAGUGACGCUGGACCUGUGCUAUGAAUCAGUGCCCUCUAGUGGCUGUCUAGUAGACAGCCACUAGAGGCGGAGUUAACCCUGUAAAAGGUUUUCCUUAGUGAUUUGCAGGUUUGUAUUUAUAAUUGAACAUUUUUUAUCAAAUGUUUCAGUGAUUUGUUAAACUCAUAUUUUUAUAUUUGUUUAAAAUUUUGUAAAUGCUAAUUUAAAAGAUAC